CUAAUUUACAACAAACAACUGCUACUCGUGUGUCCAUUUGUUAAAUUAUUUGGUCUCACUCUAAUCUGCUAUGAAUCGUUUGAGAAACACUCAUUUAAAUUAUUCUCCUACGGCGUCGUUUUCAUAUAGAGCGGUGUCUGCUUUAUUAGUUUCUGCUGGUGCUCCAAAAAUAUUCCGUCCAGAUUAAAUGUAAAAACAAAGGAAUUUAAUUUAAUUUAAUUUAAUAAAUUUAACUAGAAAAAUUCAAAUCAGGAACUCAACACAUGGGUCAUUUCUCGAGAGAGAAAAUAUUGUCUUUCUAAGCUAAGCUGAGCUGAGAAGAACAUACUUCUACAUUGUUGUAACUUUGAUUGUUGAGUUAGAAGUGAGUAAGAAAGUGUGAAGAAAUGGCAGGAGGUGCAGCACCAGCAAAGGCAGAAGAGCCAGCUCCACACCCACCAAAAGAUCAGUUGCCCAAUGUGUCUUACUGCAUUACAAGUCCUCCUCCAUGGCCGGAGGCCAUCUUGCUGGGUUUCCAACACUACAUUGUGAUGCUUGGCACAACUGUUCUCAUUCCUAGUUCUCUUGUACCUCAAAUGGGAGGUGGAAAGAAAGAGAAGGCUGAAGUCAUUCAGACUUUGCUUUUUGUUGCUGGUUUGAACACACUACUUCAGACAACGUUUGGAACUCGGUUGCCAGCUGUCAUCGGAGGAUCUUACACGUUUGUCGCACCCACAAUUUCCAUAAUUUUGGCUGGUCGUUACAGUGACAUUCCAGACCCUCAAGUGAAAUUCAGGAGAAUAAUGCGGGGAAUCCAAGGGGCACUGAUUGUUGCUUCAACACUUCAAAUUGUCCUUGGCUUCAGUGGUCUCUGGCGUAACGUCACAAGGUUCCUGAGCCCUCUAUCAGUUGUUCCCUUAAUAUCUUUGGUUGGCUUCGGACUCUAUGAACUUGGUUUUCCUGGGGUGGCAAAAUGUGUGGAGAUUGGCUUGCCUCAGCUUGUGCUUCUAAUCUUUAUUGCAGUGUAUGUUUCACAAGCAACCAAAGUCGGAAAGCAUGUUUUUGAGCGUUUUGCCGUUCUAAUCUCUGUGGCUAUUGUGUGGCUAUAUGCACACAUUCUUACUGUUGGUGGAGCAUAUAAUCAUGCAGCACCAAGAACACAAGUUACAUGCCGUACUGAUCGUUCCGGGCUUAUAAGUGGUGCUUCAUGGAUUAGCAUUCCAUAUCCCUUUCAAUGGGGAGCACCUACUUUUGAUGCUGGUGAAGCCUUUGCUAUGAUGUUUGCUUCAUUUGUUGCACUUGUUGAGUCCACUGGUGCGUUCAUUGCCGUUUCAAGGUCGGCCAGUGCAACGAUGAUGCCUCCAUCUGUUCUUAGUCGCGGAAUCGGUUGGCAGGGAGUUGGCAUUUUGUUGUCAGGGUUGUUCGGAACCGGAAUCGGGUCCUCCGUUUCUGUGGAAAAUGCCGGGCUUUUAACACUGACACGAGUUGGUAGUAGACGGGUUGUACAAAUAUCAGCUGGAUUUAUGCUGUUCUUCUCCGUUCUUGGGAAAUUUGGCGCUGUCUUUGCCUCUAUUCCUUUGCCUAUUAUCGCGGCUUUGUACUGUCUUUUCUUUGCCUAUGUUGGUUCUGUCGGUUUAAGUUUCCUUCAGUUCUGCAAUCUCAACAGCUUCCGAACAAAAUUUAUACUAGGAUUCUCGAUUUUCUUGGGUCUGUCUAUACCUCAAUACUUCAAUGAGUAUGAAGCAAUUAAGGGUUUUGGCCCGGUCCAUACUGGCGCAAGAUGGUUCAACGACAUGGUGAAUGUCCCGUUCUCUUCUGAAGCGUUUGUAGCGGGAAUUUUGGCGUAUUUCUUGGACAAUACGGUCCACAAAAAAGAAAGCACGGUGAGGAAGGAUAGGGGUAAGCAUUGGUGGGAUAAGUUCCGUUCUUUCAAAGGAGACACAAGGAGUGAAGAAUUCUAUUCCCUUCCCUUCAACCUCAACAAGUACUUCCCGUCUGUAUGAUUUUCUGAAGAGAUGCCGUCUUGAAGCAUGAGCGUUCCUCGAGUAUGAUACUUAUCAUUGGCUCUACCGUAAUCAUUAUUGAAUCAUGUAUCUUACGACAAAUAUGUUAUAGUUCUCGGUAUAAAUUACUAGUUUGUUACUUUUUUUGUAGGUUCCUUAUAGGACAAUUGUUUAUUUCCUUAUGUGUUUGUAAAUCAUUGUGUUAGUUGUAACGAAGUGAAAGCAGCUAAGGCAAUAGCAACGCCAUUGGUUUUUGGUUUCCAACCGUUAUCGUAUCCUUCAGCUAAACACACAACAUCUGCUCUCAUAUGAUGUAUAACAAAGAUGUUGUAAGAUGUUAAUGCGAUGGAUUUGCCCUUUUUUGCUCAACGGUCAAACAAAAGGUGCAUGUCCGUGCCAUUGCUGAGAAUGUUACUUGAGCUCGAGCUCGAGCUCAAGCUUGGUGCCUUAUUACGGCAGACGGCAGUAGCGUCUUUGUGUUGAAUAUUAUGAAAGUUAUGAUCAGUUUUAAUGCAGGGUUUUCAAAUUCAUAAAGUUUGCA